UAUCCCCAUCUUUCCUUUUCCCACUACUUCCUUGUUCCCCCCCCCCAGAAGCUUCUGACUCCUCCCUCCAAUCCCUCCAAAGGACGUGCAGAAGAUGACUGGGUUAGAGGGAGGGGAGGGGGAGGAGAGACGAGAAUUAGAAAACAGUGCAGAGAGAGAGUUGAUAUUUCAGGCAAUCAGCCCUUUAAAGAGCAGGGAGAUGGUGAGGACGAGGGUCACACAGAGAGAGGGACUGAUGGAUCCCACAGCUAUUACUUUGCAUCGCCUAAAUCAAUUCUGUUAUCGCCUAUAAACACAAACAAGGGAAAACACAUCACUCUCACACACAUUGAGAGGAAAAAACUGACAUUCAAACACAGAUAUAUAUACGGAUAGACACAAGGUCAUAUUACAAAGAUUAACAUACAGUUCACACAUACAUACAUACAUACACACACACACACAUACAUACAUACAUACAUACAUACAUACAAACAUACAUACAUACAUAUAUAUAUAUAUACGCUAUACGUAUAUAUAUAAAUACAUACAUACAUGGUUUGACCAGACUUCCUGCACACUGUGCUGCACAGUUGCUUCAGUGGCUUGGACAAUACUUUGAUACUGAAGUAAAACUGAAGUUCUGGACUAUGUGAGAGCCCUAGACUACUUUGUGUGACAACUCUGUGAAGCUCAUCUCUGGAGCCACACAGCAGCUGGACUUCGGGAAGAAGGACAGAGAAGGGGGACUACAUGUACACAUACAACUACACCAGCCUCAGCAGCACACCUGGAAGCACUGGCCCCUUUCUCCUCCCCGAAAACUCCUCUGCGCCCACGGGCCCCCCCCUGAACCCCUCCGCCGAGCCCAGGACUCGGGACCCCGCCCUGGCCCAUGCGGAAAUCGGGGUCCUGGGGCUGAUCCUGGCGCUGACCACCCUGGGGAACGGGUUCGUGCUCUGGAUCCUGCUGCGGAGGAGGAGGAACCUGGCGCCCAUGCACCUCUUCAUGGUCAACCUCUGCGUGGCCGACCUGGUGGUAGCCUUCUUCCAGGUGCUGCCCCAGCUGGUGUGGGACAUAACGGAGCAUUUCCAGGGCCCAGACGCGCUGUGCCGCGCGGUGAAGUACCUCCAGAUCGUGGGCAUGUUCGCCUCGUCCUACAUGAUCGUGGCCAUGACCGUCGACCGCCACUACGCCAUCUGCUUCCCCCUGCAGGCCUACCGGGGGGGGGCCGCCUCGCGCUGGAACACCCCCCUCGUGGUGGCCUGGGGGCUGGCCUUGCUGCUCAGCCUGCCCCAGGCUUUCAUCUUCUCCAGGUCAGAGGUCUCCCCAGGGGUGUUUGAAUGUUGGGGUCACUUUGUGGAACCGUGGGGUCUCAAGGCAUAUGUCACCUGGAUGACUGUGGCCGUGUUCGUAUUGCCAGCUCUUAUCAUCGCCGUCUGUCAGGUACAGAUAUUCAGAGAAAUUCACAACAACAUCUACCUGAGGGCAGAGAGGAUGGUAACUGUGGAAUACAAGAGGACUUCUGUCCUCUUCCAUUUCCAGGACCCCCAGCAGGACGUGCAGAGUGGGAGGGGGGCAGGAGCAGGAGGCAGAGGUAGAGAGGAGCAGGGGGGUCGUUCCUUGCCCCUGGAUGAUUACACCCCUUCUCUCAUUCCUUCCCAUUCACCUGCCCCUCCCACAGAACAGAACAUUCAUGACACCCGCAUGGAUGACCCCCAGUCUGACCUCCCUGCAGGGAUAGAUUACCCUCCUGUGGCCCUCGAUACCAGUUCUGCAGCCCUCACUGCCGGUUCCAUUUUUUCCAGCGAGGCUGAACCCAUUUCUCUGCCCCCAGACUGCCCCAAGGCAUUUGAUCCCUCACCCGUUCCUCCUGCAGGCCCUGGCUGCCCCAAGGGCCUUGAACCCUCACCACUUCCUCCUCCGGCCCCCAACCACCCCAAGGGUCUUGAGCCCUCACCCCUUCCUCCUGCAAGCCCUGUCUGCCCCAUGGGCCUCGAACCCUCAACCCUUCCUCCUCCGGACCUCGACUACCCCAAGGGCCUCGAACCCUCACCCCUUCCUCCUUCGGCCGCCGACGGGAACCUUUCUCGGCCCUCCGCCUUCAGCUCCGCCUCCUACAGCAGCGCUCUGAACGCCUACGACUACGCGCACCAUGGUUACCUCGACUCCGCCCCCCAGCGCGGUCCCCCCUCGGAGCCCCGCCCAUCGGCCAGGCCGCACCCACUGCCCCCGCCCAGCAUCUCCAAGGCCAUGUCCAAGACGGUUCGGAUGACGCUGGUGAUUGUGCUGGUGUACACCCUGUGCUGGUCCCCCUUUUUUAUCGUUCAGCUGUGGGCCGCGUGGGACCCCAACCCGCCAGAACAAGGAGUGGCCUUCACAAUCCUCAUGCUCCUGGCCAGCCUGAACUCCUGCACCAACCCCUGGAUCUACACGGCGUUCUCCAGCAGCACCUCCCGGGAGCUCCGGGCCCUGCUGUGCUGCGCGUCCCGAGCUCCCCGCCGAGGCUCCCUCCCCAACGACUCCACCACCACCACCACCACCACCCACACCUCCACCAGCACCAAGGACGGCAUGUAACCAGGGCCUGGGAGCGCACGGCAGGCCCGAGGCAGAGCAUCAGCCCCGGGAGCGGAGGGCGCAGGAGAGAGGGAUGGCAAGAAUCCAUACUACAGGGACUGAGAGAAAGACAGAGAGAAAGAGAGGGAGAGAAACUAACAAUGCCUUUUAAAAAAAAAAAAAAAAAAGUUAAACUUUAAAGUUGAACAGUUAAAUGUUCUAAUUCUGCAACGUACUAACAUCUAAAGCCUUUGCUUUUGGGGCAGAGAUGUUAGAUUGUGAUAAGGGUAAGGAGGAGCAGACUGCUCAGAUGGAAGCUGUCAAGGCUACCCAUAGUAGUGAGAACACAUAAAAUCUUUUUAAAGAAAAGUUUUAGAGAGGGUGGCUUGGGGCAGCAGGGGCGAGGAAUGAGGGAACAAGACAGGAUGUGUAGAAGUAAUAGUCUGAAAUGUCUUUCUUGCAGAAGUAUAAAAAAUACUUUUUGUAACUGUUAUGGAUAGUGCGGUAGUUUAGUAUAAUGGCUAAGGAGUUGGCAAUGUAACCUAAAGGUUGGAGGUUUGAUUCCCCGGUAGGACACUGCCAUUGUAUCGAUGAUCAAGGUACUUAACUGCAUUGUUCCAGUAUAUAUCCAGCUGUAUAACUGGAUAUAAUGUAAGUUGCUCUGGAUAAGAGUGUCUGCUAAAUGAAUGUAAUGAUAAUGGGGAUGAGUAUAAUAUAAAGGGGUACAAACUUAUUAGGAAGGAUAUCUCCAAUAAGAGAGGUGGUGAUGUAGCUCUCUAUGUAAAAGAAAACCUGCACACUCCUUAAUGUGCAGGAAAUGACAGAAAUUGACCAACUGCUGCCUAGUGAGAAUAUUUGGACUAAGCUCAUAGGGGACUGUGAGAAGGGUCUUAAUAUAGGAGUAUGUUCCUGGUCACCACCUUCAGACAGUAGACAUACAAUGCUCUUUGGAAAUAUAAAUCCAGCUUGUCAGAAAGUUGAGGCUGUUAUCAGGGGUGACUUCAAUCACCCUGUUACUAAUUGUGAAUUGAUGACACGAAAAGGAAAUAUUUGUUAUAAUGAGCAUUUUUUGGCACAGCGUGUCAGUCAGACUACAAGAGUUAAGAUGCUUAAUCUCUUCAAGCUUAGUAAAAAGAUACAUUUUAAAUUCAUUAAAGGUAUGAACAAAUUCUUCAGGUUGAGUUCUGUUGGUACAACGAGGGGGGAUAAAUGGAAAUUAGCAAAUGUAAAUUCCGUACAGACAAUAGGAAGUAUGUUUUCACACAGUAGUCACUGCGUGGAACAGCUUGCCAGGUCAUGCAGUAGAGGUAUAAACUCUGGGGGUUUUCAAGACCAGGCUUGAUCUGGUUCAAGGUACGAUCUAGUUUGUUGACAAACCAAGCACACGACACACUUUAGCGGUAGGAAAAUGGCAAGCAUUGUUGGGCUGAAUGGCCUAUUCUUGUCAUUAUGUUAUGUUAUUUCAUAUGAUGCAGUAUACACAGUAUACACAUGCAGUGUCAAACUGUGGACAUUACAUGAACAAUUUUUAAAUUAUUAAUUCGUAACCCGAACCCGAACUAACAUGGAGUUUAACACUGCUGGAACUGUUAUGAAGGGCCAAGGCUGACAAAGGAGAAGCACACACUCCCAUUCAGAUAUCAAGGAUCCUUCCUUGAUAAAAGAACUGGAAGGAAAGCAAGCAAGUAAACACAAACAGAAACUGGGUAUUACAUCAAUAACACAACUCUCACAGUGCUACAUACCAUAUGGAUAUUUAAUAUGGAAAUACAAUGGAAACCAAGAAGUGAGCUGUACAAUCAGAACUGAGCUGUGCAAACUGGCAGAAAUACAACCAGGCACAUUGGAAAAGCACAAUAUAUACUGUAAGAAUUCCUGCAACAACAAAAAAAAAACUGUGAUUUGCAUAAAUAGCUGUAAGAGAAUAAAUGACAGUGAAAUUAUGCUUUGUUAUAUAUAAAGAAGCAACUGCAACUCAGUGGGACUUAAAGGAGACUCUAUGAAACAGAUCAUAGAGGAUAACUGCAGGAAUCACAGAGGGACGAGUUUGAGUUUAUAUUCUGAGAAUGAGAAAACAGGACCUCCUAGGAAUGCAGUAGCAUCAUGGAAUAUUUUUAAUAGCAUUGCAGUACACCUGAUAUUACAUGCGCUCCAGUGGCAAUUGCGCAACUCAUCAGACACACACACACACACACACACACACACACACACACAAAAAACACAGGAUUCAAGAAUGAACUACAUACGAAAACAGAAGAAACUGAUUUCUGUGUUGUAACACAUUGGAAAUACUGUAUCAUAAACAACUGACAAAUAACAGUAAACACAGAAAAAAUACAAAUGUUAAUUUUGCUAACAAAAGAUAAAUAAACUUGUUAAUCUCAUAUUUAAUAAUGUGAAGAUGGGUGCUUCAAAGUAGUUCAACUGGAACCCGAGCUGUAGAACUGAAGAGAGACAGAUUUGUAGCACUGUACAGAUAACAAUGUAGGUUACAGAUGACAACCAAUAGACUUAUGGUUUUAAUUCUACCUCUGGCACAUGAGCAAUGACAAAGAUGUUUUAUAAGAAAUGGCAUGCUUUGCAAGCCACUCUUGCUACAUUGCCAAGUAAGUCAACAUUCUGGGCAAUGUAGUUCUGGUGCCAUUAAGGGACUGGUAUCCCAGUCUGAAACAUGUAGUUUUGAAUCCUUGCUGGGGCACUGUUAUUAUACAAUAGAGCAAACCAUUUAAAUAGCUUCAUAAAUAUCUAUCUAUAUGUACAGGAUAAAAUGAAAGCUAUGUCAUUUUGCAGGUAAAGUGAUCUGCUAAAGAAAUACAAAAUGUAAGAAUUAAAUAAGUAAAAUUUGACUUCUCAGGCUCGUAGUACAGCAAGUUUAAGAGAUUGAUAAGUCUUAUUCUCCUUAUUAUUGUAUGUAUUACGUUAUGUUUUGAAACUCUGAAGUGAGAUCAGUCCUUCCAAAUUCAGAGCAUCUUCUUUACUAGGUCAGUUAUUUAUUCAGUCAUUGAGUUUUUUAGUCAGUGAUAUUUUAUAGGUCAGUCAUUGAGUUUUUUGGUAAAAUAAACAGCAAAGAUGAAUAACGUUACUGCAGCUUCUCUGGGCUCGGGUCUAUGUACUACAUAUCUGUCGGUAGAUAGCUUAUUCAGUUAAUCUUCCUCAGUGUGGUCAAGCUUUAUCCCGGUUCUGCAUUUUCCAUGAAUGGAAAUUAUAUCCAAGUUUUUUUUUUUUUUGUUUGUUUUGUCAGGACUACUUCUGAAACUGUUUAACAGCAUCCAGAAGAGCAUGUACUGUGCUUUUUACAUCAGAUGUGCGUGCUAGAUAUUCAGCCAACUCCUCAACAUGAAAAAAAAAAGGGAAAACAUGGAAAAUUUUAGGUCUAUGAUUUGCUCUUUCCACCACUUCAUUUUCUUAAUGCAAAUUUGUCCAAUUUGUCAUACAGCUGAUUGGUAUGUGCACUGAGGCUGUGACUGGCGCCGACAGUUGGGCCAGCUCUCAUUAAAAUGCACAAACACCGUAAGUUCAGCAUCCUUCGAAAUGUCUGUUGAUUAGUCCAGCUGCGUUGCAAAUGCUUCUGCUAAUUUUUAGCUUUUAAAUUACUUGAGCAUUUACAUUUGAUGGCAUUCAACCCCAUGAUCCCAAGCACUUAAAAAGGCCAUUUCCACCUGGUGUGUACUACUCUUAAAUAAAGCAUUAUACUUUUUAUAUGAUUAUUCAUGGUAUUUUUAUUCAUCAUCAUCAUCAUCAUCAUCAUCAUCAUCAUCAUUAUUAUUAUUAUUAUUCAUGGAAAUUAUUCAUGGCAUACACAUUGUAGUAUUUGUUGGAAUGAA